AUGAUGGAGGAGAAAGCGGAUGACUGCUUCCCCGAGAGGCUGGCUCGCGAUUUGGAGCUUCGUACCGACGUGUUCAUGGCUCAGAAAAUGACAGCGGGGGCGCCGGCUUCCGCCAUCACUGCAGAGUACAUGUUCCGUCAAAAGACGGCCAGAGCGCUCGCCUCUCGACCACGAGCAUCAUCUCCAUACUACACUGCCUCAGCUAGAAUACGGUCUCUAGGUGCUAUCGAAGAGCGAGACCCGUCCUUGCUUAUUACACAAGACCCUACUGCCAUGGUUGACACUGCUUCUGAGGUGGACAGCACUGUCGGAAGUGAAGCAUCAGGAGGCAUGCCACCACCUUCCUUUCGCUACAGGAACCAGUCUAUUGCCACAGCAGCGACUUCUUUGGACUCAUCAACCUGGAAGCCAUCGCCACCGAGCUCACCUGAACCGACUCCUGCCGCCAUUGAGUCGAGUUGGAUCAACUGUGACUCAGAUGAUGAUGACGAACCAGAAACCAUGAGGCGCCAACAAGCAACCGAUCUAUUCCCCGAUGGUCGAUCUCAAGCCUCCCUUCGAUCACUCACUGUCCCUCAACAAUUUAAACCCAUAGUCCGAAAAUCGCUUCCCAUCACUGCAAGCUGUGCCGACACAGGCCGCUCUCCUUUCGUACACAAAAAGUCCCAUUCCGUUAGUGGAGGCUCGCCUAUGGGAAUCCCCAGACGGAGUCUCUCAUGCGCAUCAGCGCAAGCACCUCGGGGCUCAGCAGCUCAAUACCGUCGAGCUCAAACCCCUGAUAUCGUCAGCCCCAUCGAGACACGCGCACGAGCAUCAUCUCCUGCUUUACGGCGCUAUGAAGCUCAUGAAGAUGAUCUGAUGGAUUCCGCAGCUCAGGUUUAUGACCGAAUGCAGUCAACAGCAUACCGACCUGUACCACCCAGACCACUGGCUAUUCAAACGAAUGUUGCGCCUGAAGUCACCCAUCUCGACGACGGAUAUCUUUCUGAUUUGGAGGCUAUGUCUACUGCUGAGCAAGGCGUCCUUCCUCUAAGUCAUCAGAACCUUCAUGCCCGACCAUCCAUUUCCCCUUCGCAUGCCCCCAGUGUCCAAUCCUGGUUGAACAGCAGUGUUCAAGGCUGUCCUAUAUCGACCAACAACGGUGAUGAUAUGGCCAAGAUUGUUCCUCUACCCCCUGAUGUUGUUGAAACUCUUCGGGUCUCGACAACCUGCUUCCCUGAAACCAUGCUACUUUCCUCGAGUCUUACCAUCGAAACCAUUCGUUCAUAUGCGAAAAAGGUUCGGCACCCGGUUAUGAAGCCACUCGAUAUCACACCUCCAACUUCACCAACUUAUGUCGAAAAGAAGUCUCUUUGGCGAAAGGUAGUUUCACACCGCCGUGGCGACAGCGCUAGUAUUUCUAGCAAGCCUACAUUGACUUCUGCAAGUAUGCUUUCUGUUGAAGCUAUCAAGCCUUGGGCUUCUUUGCGAAAUGUAUUCAACCAUUGCUCCGAUUACAUUUGUGACGCCAUGUAUGCGCAUAUUGUGGCCUACAACUAUAUAUCUGCUUUGGCGGCUAAACUGCCCCAAAAUGACACACCAUCCAUUAGACGCAAUGGAAGCAUUUUGCGCAAUGAAUCACAGCAAGAAGAUAUACCAAAGAAGGCUGCCUCUCUUCUUGGAUUAGGAGGGGGCGGUGACCAACUUCAUAACAAAGUCGGUCGUCUAACUAAGAAGAUUAGUUCUCAGAUGACUCCGUGGAUGAGAGAAGAUAUUUCGAUUCCCUCCAACAUGAAUCCCAGUCAGGAGAGUUCUAUUCGCAAUAUUCAAGCAGACUUAUUCAAGUGUAUUGCUCAGCUCGUUGCCACGGCAAAGCUGGCAGGUACCAGUAAUGCUACAGACGAUGUAAUCGUUGAAGUGGCAGUUGAGGACGCAGACACAUUCUUGAUUCGCAGUCUUUGCGAGAUUGUUCGCAUGGCUGAGGAUGCCAACUAG